CUGCGUACUAAGGCUCCUGCCCGUCGCUGCGGCCGGAUCGGGAAGUGUCAAGCGGGAGUUGGGUUCCGCCGCCUUCGCUGCUACCACCGCUGACCCCGGACCCCCUAGCCAGGCCUGGGUCCAGGCGCCAUGACGAACGUGUACUCCUUGGACGGGAUUCUGGUGUUUGGUUUGCUCUUUGUUUGCACCUGUGCCUACUUCAAGAAAGUCCCUCGUCUCAAAACCUGGCUGCUGUCAGAGAAGAAGGGAGUUUGGGGUGUGUUUUACAAAGCCGCUGUGAUUGGAACCAGGCUGCAUGCUGCUGUGGCAAUCGCCUGCAUUGUAAUGGCCUUUUACGUCUUAUUUAUAAAAUGAAUUCCAAAGCAUCCAUCUCACCAACUGCCAACCAAGGGGACGAGGGUGAAGAACCUGUCGGGGCCUGGGCCCACCGUAGGAGAGUUCAGCUAAAAUCAUCCAAGUCCCCAGGAUGACACCAUAGCAUCUGCCCCUGCCAUAUGUGGGGAAAACUCUUCAUGGUUACAGACAUUAUUUAUGCUUCAGGAGACUCCAGAAAGCCAACUUACUUUGAUCUGUGUGUAAAUCAGUCCUUGGCAGAGAGCAUAUAAUGUCCAGAUGAAUUACAUCCCUCGGUGAUAAGAUUACAUAGCUCCUGCUUAAAAACCUGCCACCUAUUUUGUUCUUUAGCUCCUCAUCAGAGUCUUUUCAAACUGAGGCUCAGAAGGGAACGACAUAGGCUGUGUUCACACCUCUUGGAAGGAGUGAUAAUCUUUAAGACUUGACUUUUUUUUCACUGUUUGAUUUGGAUUUGGCAAAUUGGGAGAGGGACUGGGUGGGAAACAGGAGUUAUACAUGCCAAGAAAUGUUUUGGCUUUGGAAAUGUGUCUUUCAUAUACCCAUCUGGGAACAUAAGAGAGAUGCAUGGUCCUCAUUGCAAAAAGAGAACAGAUGAAAUAGCUAUGCUGUGGGCUGGUAACUCAAGAGUUUUGCCAAGAGAAUCUGGGCAUACAUAAGAUUUGGGAAUUAUCUGUCUGUGAUGAGACCAGAAAGCAGUAACUUAGACAAGAAGAAAUGUUCUAUUCACCAGAAUCCCCAAAAGGAGACUUCACCCCAUCAAAUGGUAUAUGGAAAAUGAAUGCAUUGUUGCUAUUUUCCUAAAGUCUUUUGUAUUUUCUAAAUUACUGAGUGCUAUACACUGUUACUCAGUUUUAAAUGCCACAACUAGAGGAAAGAGAAACUAUUGAAGAAAUAGCUGUUUAAUAUAUUUGCAGUUAGAGUAGAAGAGAUAAAUAAAUCUAGUAUAUUCAUAUACUAGUAAAGUCAUCCAGUGUAAGAAUUUGUUGUGAUGUUAGAUGGAAGUUUUGUCCUGUUAUCCAAUAUACAAACUUAUUCUUUGUUUAAAUCUGGGUUUUUAUGGCAAUUUUUGGUUGAUUACUUGUUUGUCUUGGCCAACUCUUAAUUUUCUUCCUAUUGCGGUACUCUUUAGCUGUCUCUUGGAAAGUCUGUGUAUUAUAAGAACAUGAGAAAUUUGAGUAAGUGAGAGAAGUUGCUGAGAUUCUUAGGCAUGUUUGGACAGUUUAUAGAAUCCAUGAAUAAAAUGAGGGUGUUUUCUAAAGUAAAGGAAAGCAGAGGUUUGCAGUUGAGACUGAUGGGCUUUUCCAUGGAGUACGAUAGCCCCUGAGCAAAUCAUUUUAGAUGACUCAACGUUUGAAGGGAAGAGUUCUCCAUUCCCUCCUCAUAUAUGCAAAAGGAUCAACUGUUGCAUUUAUGAAGCCUAGAACUCCUCUAUUUUUUUUAAAAAGGAGUUGGUCUGAAAUUAAGUUGUUGUAAAAUGCAAGCAUAGGUAUAAGUCUACCAGUUGAAUUGUCCAUUAAAGUGAAACUUGACUGUGGACAAGGUAGCUGUGGUUGACCCCUGUGUGGCAAUAAAUUGUCUUUUGUCUUACUCCAAAAGGACAAAAGCUGCUAGGAAGUUUAGGUUCUGAAUUAUGCAGUAUAGUGCUUUGAGGGUUUUUAGAAGUAUAGAAGGUCAUCAAGUAAACACUACAUGUCUGAUCAUCUCAGAGUCAUGGCUAUCUCUUCAGGAAUUGGUCCACAGGGUAAAUUUCAAUGAUUCAUAUGGUUUCCAUUGUCAUUUCUGAGGCUCUUUCACAUGAGAGAAAGGAAAUCUAGUGGAACAGGAAAGAAGAGUUACACCUGUGGGUGUCAGUUUGGAUCUGUUGGCCAACAAGAAUGUCACUCCCUGGAAAUACAGGUUCAGCACGUUUUGCACUUGUUAUUUUGUAGCUUUAAUGACUUUUGUUUUCUAAUAGGGCUAACGUCUCUAAGCUUGGUGCUUAGAGCUGCUUCAUGUUUUACACUAGUUCUAUUUCACAGUUCUAAUUCUUCAAACCAAUUUUUACAGCCUGUUGUGUGGGUCAUCUUAACCUAAACUCUUGAAUUGUUAUAUUUUGAGAUAUUUUCAUACCAGAAUGUACCCCAAAAGUGUACAGAGUGAAGGUAAUUUACAGCAAGAAAUACACAGCUUAUUUCAUUUCUUGACUUUAUGUAAGCAGAUGAGCAGAAACCUGUUUAACUCAUUACUUUGGUUGAUGUGUCAUAUAUUUUUGACUGAAAAUUGCAGGAAAUUGUUCCUCAAAGGGAGUCUUUUUAGGGGUGGAAGAGUGAGGAUAGCAAUAUUGCCUCUGAUUCAGACUGGCAUCACCAUAAACCCUAUAUGCCAGGGUGGAAUGAAGUCAGCUUUUUAUAGUUGAAACACAAUUUUUUUAUUCACCAUUGUCUGCACAAAUCCUUGAAAAUAAAAUUUCUUUCCCUAC